CGAAAAAAAAAUCAGUUGGGGUUUUGGAAGGGUUGAGCAUGGGUCGGGUUGAGUUCGUUGGAAAUUGGAAUUUUUAGAUCACAUUUUAAUUAUUCUAUGCUUCAUUUUAAUUAAUUUGCAAGUCGGACAGUAUUUUUGUAAUCUGAUCUCAUUUAUAUUUUGACAUAAUGCUGAUGCGGCCAAAAUAUUGAUUAAUCUAAUUGCUCAAUUAUAAAAGUAGCCCAAUAAAUACCAACAAAUUAAGUAAAUAUCCCACAAAAACUGAUUCAAAUUGUGAUACUGGCUGACAUUAGCAAUUGUUUAUUUUAAAGUUGAAGAUAAUCUGGAAUCGAAAGAACCGAGCAAAUUCAGCCAGCAGCACAUUAACUAAAAUCGUAGUCAAAUAAAGGUCAUCAUCAUGGGUCGGAAAAAACGCCAACCUGCUAGUAAAACUCGUGCCGCAACUCCACUCGUAAUCGUAUCUGAACCACCUGUUCAGGCACGACGUGCUAGUACCCCAGUCCAAUCUGGACGACGACCUCGUGCCCCAACGCCUAUGCCGUCUGGACCUCGACAUUUUGAAUUACGACCUGCUGCUGCUGCUGUACUUUCUGGCACAUCCAAGGAGCCGGCAGACUUGUCCAACUGUCCUUGUGACCUGAUACAAUCGUCAACCUUGACACCAUCAAAACCAUCACCUAAGGAACAAGGCGAAGUAAAGGACAAGCAGGAUUUGGAACUGGAGGACGACUCGUUGCCGUCGUAUUGCGACGUUAUGAAAGACAACGAAUUAAAUGACCCAGAUCUCUUCGAGUUGCGUAAAAAGUUUGCGACUUUACACACGAACAAAGUACUGAAACAAAUAACUGGGCGCCGCUUAAUUAAUAAAUUCAAACCUCUACGUACCGGUUACUUCGAGCAGGACAACGAACGAAAGGAGAUUCAAUCGUUGGCAAACGAAAUAUUUACAAAAUUUUCGAAUAUAUAUUCAAUCUGUCGAAGCUCUCUCAUCACUUUGUUCAUGGAGAAAUUCAGCGAAGAAAACCUGGUCAAGUUACAGCCAAUUCUGUACAAAUCUGCAAUGGUCAAAGGUCUAAUCUUCGAAAUUGUAGAAGCUCGAGCUCUGAUGAAGUUUGAUAAAGUGUCCGUUCCUAUUCUUGAUUCAUUGCGUACCUACGACGAAAAGUGUAAAAACGCUACAAUUCUUGCUAACCCGAAGAUAUAUUCUGAGGAAACUAGAACCACUAUAAAAUUGUUGUUAAAGUACCUCAAAGAGUUGUCGGAGAUUGAUCAUACUGCACUGGAAUUUAUGACUGGGUUCGUUUUAAAUACCAAAAUUCCACCUGACCGUAUUCUCUGUGCAAUUCGGCAAAGCAUAAAACAUGGUUUAAUUAUUAGACAACGUGAAUCAAGUGCUCCCAAACAUGAAGGAUCAGUUCCGUUGGAGCCUAUUGGAUCGAAAUCAAGUGUUACCAUUACCAAACCUGAAGAGUCGACAGAAACUGACGGAAGUGAAAGCGACUUUUCUUUCUCUAGCCGUGAGGAUCCUGAUGCCCAGGUUACGACCUCUGACUCAGACGCGGAGAGUGAUGUAACACUGCGGCUCAGCUCGAAAAUAAUCUGCAAGAAAACCAAACUCGUACUCAGUAAACAGACCCUCACCAGCAAGGGACAAACAGUAUCAACAGCAGAUAACUGUAGUUGUAUUACUAGUAAUGUCAACAAUGAAAGUGCAAAUGCAAAGAAAACGACGAAGAAGAAGAAAUCUAAGAAAAACAAGAACAAGAAAAAUUAAUUGAAACAAAAUUAUUAUCAAGGGUUGUUGUGCACGUUGUAAUGAUUUUAAUUUUUGUAUUUUUUUAAAUACUGGUAUUCUUUUACAGAAAUGAUAGAUUUAAUGUCUUUUUCUACCAUUAAUAUAAAUACUUGUUUACAUAUGUAUUUCAUAUAUUGAAUCAAUUUGUAUUUUAUCAGUUACAAUGGUCAAAUGUUUAUCAGAGUUUUCUAUUUAUGUAAUGAUUUCAUUCACUUUUGUCAAAAUUUGUAUUUGAUUUUGUGCAGAAUCUUUAAAAACACUCCCACAAAUGAAUUCAUUAUUGCCAGAUCUUGAUUAAUAGCAUUUUACAUACAUAUGUAUAUCACAUAAUUAAAUAAUUGUGCUUACAACAA